AUGACAUCUACCCCCAAUUGCGAUUGCUUUGUUGUGGAUCUACCCGACGACCUUCUUUCCAAAAUCAUCGAGAUAUCUGGAAGGGAGUCCUACGCAUGCCUAGCUUCCUUUGUACGCGCGGGAAAUAGAUCUAAGAAGCUUGUGUACUUUAACAAUGUUCUCCGAGCAUGCAGUUUAUGCCCCCUUUUCUUCUACAGCGCCAGAGGUGAACCCAAAAAGGCGAGUGAGAUAUUUCAAAUGUUCAUCAAACUCUCUGGAGUUUCCUUGGAGGACCCUGAGGCUCAACAGUAUGGUGAUGAGAUAGUGCGUAACAUCUUCCGCUGCGAACCCCACAUCUAUCCUAGGAUCGAACCUGAAUCAAUUUCUUAUCCGGACGACGACGUCAUGAAGCUGCCGAGUUGUGCGUUUGAGCAUGUCUUCCAGCAUGAAUGCAGCAAGUGCUACAUGUACCGCCUUGCGUUUUGCUUGUGUCCGCCUAAAGGUGAAUGUGCAUCGGUUAUGGUACUUACGCCUUUCGGGACCAUUCACUUAUGGACGACUAGUGAAUGUGCUUCGGUUAUGGUACUUACGCCUUCCGGGACCGGGUAUUCACCAGCGGACCGUUUCCCUUUCUUUGCUGGCCUUCUAGGGGGUCGCUUCAACUUCGGUUUCAUGGUCUCAGGUAGGUCCCGAAUUGUGGCAGCGGCAAUUGCGUGCCGACAUGGUGCAGGAGAUCUACAGAGUGGUGUUCUCCGGAUGCAGAAACUACCUCGAAAUUCCACGCACCAACUUGCACAGCCGGCAGUCCUGCAGAUUCCUCCAAAAUGA